UUAUUCUCAGAGACAAAGACAGGAGAGACACACUGAGAAACCUUGUCUAAAAAGGCAGAUAACAACCCUGAGAUGACAGCUCUGUAUUUCUACCAUCUUUCCCAUAGUUUGGUUUGGAUAUUUCUGAUUUCCUUCCAGUCCGUGCAUGCAGGUUUGAACACAGAGUUAAAGCUGCAGAGGAAUGUGUUUCUGGGAUUUUUAGGUGAAAAUAUCAGCAUUGAUGUCACCAUCAUUAAACCGUCCAACCAAACUGGGAUUCAACUGGAAUGUUUUGACCCAUAUAAUAAAACAAUAUACAAAAAGGCAAUCAAUGCUAUGGAGGAGUCUAUACAACUUCAUCUGAACCUGAACAAAACAGGAAUGUACAGCUGCAAAUGUGAAGAGGCUGAGGUGAAGUUGUAUCUACGAUAUACAGCCUACAGGAAGCCUCCAGUGUUGGACAAAGUAGAGAUUAUCAUUGCCAUCUUCACCGGCCUGCUGCUGGUUUUGAGUGUGCUUGGCUCGUUGUAUGUCUUCAGAGGACAUUGGAAAGAGCCGAGCUCUGAAUCUCUGGACACGAGUAGAAAACAAAAGGAGAGCAGAGAAGACGGGAAGGAGACAGAAAAAGAGGAAGACUGCAUGGACAUGUCAGCCGCUCAGUCUUCUUCUUUUUAUGCUAGUUUAGAGCCUCGGACCAGGUCCAUUUAUGAAGUGCUGGAUUGCUCAGCUGCCAAUAGUGACAACAAGGAAACGGAAACUAAAACCUCAGAAGCUGAACUCUCACAAGUGGGGGAACAAAACGCUGAAAACCAGGACGAAGGCAUAUUUGAGUCUGUUUAUGAGAACUUUUAAAUUAAACAAAUGAGAGAAACAUCUGAAGCUAAUUCAAGGAAAGAGAAAAAUGAAAUUGAAAUAGUCUCUUCAACAAGUAUUAUAAUAACACAGUUUAAGGGAUUAAAAUACUAAAUAAUUGAAAGCUCAGUGUUUUAAUGAUGAAAUAACCAGAGUUUGUGUCACACUGGAAUACAUGGAAG